AGGUUUGAACUCGGUUUUUUUCUUUCACAGGAUAAUAGGCUGAAUGUAACAGAGGAACUAACGUCUAAUAACAAGACGAGAAUUCUCAAUGUCCAGACCAGGCUCACAGAUGCCAAACACAUCAACUGGAGAGCAGUGCUGAGCAGUAGCUGCCUCUACAUCGAGAUCCCAGGCGGAGCUCUGCCAGAGGGGAGCAAAGACAGCUUUGCAGUUCUUCUCGAGUUUGCUGAGGAGCAGCUGCAUGCUGACCAUGUCUUCAUUUGCUUCCACAAGAACCGUGAUGACAGAGCCGCUCUGCUCCGAACCUUCAGCUUUAUGGGCUUUGAGAUUGUGAGACCGGGGCAUCCCCUUGUCCCCAAGAGACCCGACGCUUGCUUCAUGGCCUACACAUUUGAGAGAGAGUCUUCGGAGGAGGACGAGUAGCAGCUGCACCACCUGCGCCCUCACCUCUGCCACCACCGUCAGAUCAUCGCAGAUCGUAGCCCCUUCAUGUGUCUCGCUUUGCUGGUGGUGUGGCCAACUGCUGCACUGGGGUGCAAAUGCCAGGCCGCUCCCCUCUUCUGGGUUUUGUCCGCAUGUUGUAAUUGUGCAAAUAAAUGCUCACUCCAAAUUAGCGGUAUAUUUCUUGAAGUUUAAUAUUGUGUUUGUGAUACUGAAGUAUUUGCUUUAAUUCUAAAUAAAAGUUUAUAUUUUACUUUUUUAUUGCUGGUUUAAGGUGAUACAGAUUAUCCUUGUACUUCAAGCAGGAGUUUUCUUAUUUGAAGUUUUGGAAACAGUUUUAGGUCUUAACUUGGAAAGAUAGGUAUUAAUCUACCCUUCUAUUGCUUUGAAAAAAUCUGAAUAAAAAUUACAUCUAA